CUAAAAGUAUACGCGUGAGAUCAAAUCCGCUCAAUUUCGCAAACAAAGAAUUGGGCAGCAAUAGGGGAUAAGGAGAUUGGGCUAUAGAAGCAGAUACAUAACAAAACACAAACUCAAAAAACUCUGAAGUUUCCUCCUUAGAUAGAUUUCCAAUACAAAGCAUGCCAAUACAAUCCUUUCCUUUCCCCUUCAACUUCACUUCUGCUCCCGGAGAUGCUAACAUGGCUACAAAACCCUCCCAAAACCCUACUUCCCCUUCCCUCCCUCACCCCAAACCCCUCCCCUCCAUUCCCCAUCUGCUCCAUUUCUCCAAAACCCACAAAAACCUCUCUCAAAUCCCUUCACAUCCCCACCCACCCUACCCCAACUACAACUGACACUGGCCUCAAAUUCCGUGAAAAAAUACUUUAUCUUCAAGCACUCAAGAUCAACCCCACAAAAGUCCUUGAACUAAACCCUCAUCUUCGAUCAGCAACACUCGAUACAAUCAAAACCGUUGAAACUUGUCUUGCGUCUAUGGGCAUUGAGCGCUCGGCAAUUGGUCGAAUACUUGAUAUGCAUCCUCAGCUUUUAACAUCCGACCCUUAUAUAGACCUUUACCCGAUUUUUGAUUUCUUAUUAAACGACGUCGUUAUCCCCUUUAAUGACAUUCGUAAAUCUAUUAUACGUUGUCCAAGAAUCCUAGUUUGUAGUGUUGAGGAUCAAUUGAAACCCACAUUUGAAUUCCUGAAGGAAUUCGGGUUCGUGGGUCCCAAUCGGAUCACUUCUCAAACCACUGUGUUACUUGUUUCGAGUGUCGAGCUUACUUUGAAACCUAAGGUUGAUUACAUGUUGACUUUAGGGUUUAAACGCAACGACGUGGUGAAUAUGGUUUUGAGGUCACCUGGGUUGUUGACAUUUAGCAUUGACAAGAAUUUUAGGCCUAAAGUUGAGUACUUUUUGAAGGAAAUGAAUGGGGAUUUAGGGGAAUUGAAGAAGUUUCCGCAGUACUUUUCGUUUAGUCUUGAAGGGAAGAUUAAGCCUCGGCACAGGCUUUUGGUAGAGCAUGGGUUUUCGCUAUCCUUAUCUGAGAUGUUGAAGGUUAGUGAUGGGGAAUUCAAUGCGAGAUUGAUUGAAAUGCGAUUGCGCUUAUUGGAGGAUAAACAAUUGUAGCAGUAAGUGAACUCUUUCUAUCAAUAUAUGGUCGAUUUUUGUAUAUGUUGGAGAAUCAUUAGAUUGCUAAUACUAAAUGUUUAGGUACAUGUGUUAUGGUUCGAUGUGCAUUUUGCGUUAAAGUAAUGAUUUUUAUCCUUGAUAUGGUAUUCUAUGUUCA